AUGACCUUGUAUAAGGGAAUGGAUGAACCGAAGAGUAUGCAAGUGUUCUUGAAGCUUUGCCUCGGUCUCGUAUUGCUUGUAGCACAGUAUGCACCUGGAAUUGCGGUUCCUAGUUCAGAUUGCCCAAGGCAGUGUGGUACUGUUGAGAUACCGUAUCCGUUCGGUAUCGGUGCGAACUGCUCACUCUCAGUAGGCUUCAACAUCAGUUGCAAGGUCCAAGAUGGCGUCUCCAGACCAUUUAAAGGUGACUUUGAGGUUCUGGACAUUUCCUUGACUCAUGGCACGCUGCGGGUGUUCAAUUACAUCACGGCCUACUGUUACAAUGCCUCCACAACGAGCAUGAAGUUUUUCGGCCGUUACGACGGCUAUGUAGGUCGACCUUCCUCCCUCUACCGGCUCUCUGACGUUCAGAACAAGUUCACCGUCAUCGGGUGCAACGCCCUCGCAUUUAUAUCCGACUACAAUGGCACUGGCUAUCAGGGCUUGGGCGUCGCAACGUGCCGCAACUUGUCAGACUUAGCAGACGGAUCCUGCUCUGGCAUGGGCUGCUCCCAAACUGCGAUCCCAAAGAGGAUGUACUACUACGACACAACCUUCUUGAAAGGGGUCAACACAAGUGAAAUAUGGGAGUUCAACCCUUGCAGCUAUGCGGUACUGAUGGAGGCAGCGACAUUCAGGUUCAAUACUACGUACAUAAAUACCAACAAGUUCAAUGACACAUACAAUGGGCGAGUGCCUAUGAUUCUUGAUUGGGCUGUGAGAGAUGUGAAGUCAUGUGAUGUUGCAAAACAGAAUAACACGGGCACUUACGCAUGCCUUAGUAGCAACAGCGACUGUGUGGAUUCCACCAAUGAUCAAGGGUACACGUGCAAUUGCACCAAUGGUUAUGAAGGCAACCCUUAUCUUCAAGACGGAUGCAAAGAUGUUAAUGAAUGCAGUCACGGCCCAUGCCCUUCAGAUGGCUAUUGUCACAAUAUCGUUGGAGAAUACCGGUGUUCUUGUCGACUUGGAAAAAAAUAUGUCAAAGAAAGCAAUACAUGCAACCCUAAUACCGGCUUAAUAAUAGAAGCUCAACUCAUACGUGCCACCGACAACUUCAAUAGUAGCAGAAUACUUGGAAAAGGAGGCCAUGGGACGGUCUAUAAAGGGAUAAUAAACAACAUGCCAGUGGCAAUUAAAAGAUGUGCAGUGGUUGAUGAAAGGCAAAAGAAGGAAUUCGGCCAAGAGAUGCUCAUUUUAUCUCAAAUCAAUCACAAGCAUGUUGUCAAGCUCUUGGGUUGUUGUCUUGAGGUGGAAGUUCCGAUUCUAGUAUAUGAAUUUGUCCUAAACGAUACACUGUUCGAGCUUAUCCAUGGCAAGAACCAUGCAUUGCAAAUAUCCUUUAGUACUCUCUUAAGGAUUGCUCAUGAAGCAGCUGAAGGACUUAGCUUCCUCCAUUCAUUUGCAUCUCCCCCAAUAAUUCAUGGUGAUGUGAAAACUUCCAACAUCUUGCUUGAUGAUAACUAUAUGGCCAAAGUGUCAGACUUUGGAGCCUCCAUACUAGCCCCAUCUGACAAAGAGCAGUUUAUCACAAUGGUUAAAGGUACUUGUGGUUACCUUGAUCCCGAAUACAUGCAAACAUGCCAGUUAACGGACAAAAGUGAUGUGUACAGCUUUGGAGUUAUCCUUUUAGAAAUUCUCACGGGUCAGUUGCCACUAAAGCUCGAGGGGUCUGAGAAGCAAAGAAGCUUAGCAUUGAUUUUCUUGUCUGCUAUGAAGGAGAAUAACCUAAAUGAUGUGCUGGUUAGCCACGUUAAAGUCCAAGAAAGCAAGGAGUUGCUGGCAGGACUUGCAGACCUAGCUAAGAAAUGCCUAGAUAUGUGUGGUGACAACAGACCAUCUAUGAAAGAGGUCGCUGAUGAGCUCAACAGAUUGAGGAAACUUUCACUGCAUCCUUGGGUACGGCUCGAUGUUGAGCCGGAAGCAGAAAACCUUCUUGGACGAGAAUCUACUAGAGGGUAUGACAUAGAAUUAAGUGGGUAUCCUGUGGGUGAAAGUGAGAACCAACCCAUAAAUCCAAGAAGUUCCUAUUAUGCAAGGUGA